AUGGCGGACCUUGAGCCCAUUGCUAUCAUCGGCAUUGGCUGUCGCCUACCGGGAGAUGUAGGAAACGCUGAAGACCUUUGGCAGCUCUUGAGCGAAGGUGGUUCAGGAUGGUCAGUUGUGCCGAAGGACCGAUGGAAUGUCGAUUCAUUCUACCACCCUGAUGGCGCCUCUAUACAAUCAUACAACACCAAAAGCGGAUAUUUCAUGUCGCAGGAUGUCACACAUUUCGACUCGAGGUUCUUCGGAUUUGCCCACAACGAGGCCGAUGCUACAGAUCCCCAGCAGAGGAUUCUCCUAGAGUCGACAUACGAAGCCUUGGAGAAUGCCGGAAUCCCUAUAGAGAGCAUUAAGGGCUCCGACACCGCAGUAUAUGCCGCCCUCUUCACGCACGACUACGAUCGGAUCGCAUACAAAAACCUCGACGGUUUGUCACAAUUCCACACUGCCGGAGCAGGAGAGGCUAUAAUUGCGAACCGCGUGUCGUAUUUCUUCGAUCUCAGGGGUAUCUCAGUGACUAUUGACACUGGCUGUUCUCGGAUGGCCAUUGUUGGCGGCACGGAAGUCCUUUUGCACCCCGAUCAAAAUAUCGCCAUGAGCUUGAGCGGGAUGCUCAAUCCAGACGGCAAGUGUUAUACAUUCGAUAGCAGAGGAGCUGGAUACGGUCGCGGAGAAGGUGUUGCCGUUGUCAUCAUUAAGCGGCUGAAAGACGCGCUUGCAGACGGCGACACGGUCCACGCCAUCGUUCGUAACUCCGGCGCCAACCAAGAUGGUAAGACUAAUGGAAUCAUGCUCCCGAACCCGGAUGCUCAGGAGGCCUUAAUCCGGAAAGUGUACGGCGAUGUGCAUCUCGACCCCGCCGAUACUCCUUAUGUCGAGGCCCAUGGUACGGGUACGAAGGCGGGUGAUUUCGCCGAAGUGCAAUGCCUGGGUAACGUCUUUACUGAGAAUACAAGGACCCAGAACCUGUACGUAGGCUCAGUCAAGACCAAUAUUGGCCACACGGAAGCGACUAGUGGUCUCGCUGGCUUGAUCAAGUCGAUUCUGGUCCUCAAACACCAACAGAUCCCACCCAAUCUGAACUUCAUUAAGCCGAAGCCAGGCCUCAAUCUGGACGAGAGGCAGAUUUCGGUCCCGCUAGAGCUUGUCCCUCUGCUCCCCGAGGGUUCUAAAGGCGCUCACAGAGUAUCGCUCAACUCCUUCGGUUAUGGUGGUACCAACUGUCACGUUAUCGUUGAAUCGCUGGACCAGUACCUUUCUGACCAUAGCGGGUAUCUGACCAAUGGAGCUGCCAAUGGAACUGUGAACGGAAUUGUCAAUGGAUCUACGAAUGAAGUCUUCAACGGUGCCAAUGGUGAUUCUGCUGCAUUUCCCAGAGGAAAGAAUGGCGCCCGAUUCUUUAGCGGCACAAAUGGCGUCAAUGGUAGCCAUAUCAGCAAUGGAGUUAAGGCAAAAAGCACGGCAUCGGCAGACACCAUGCCGCUAAUCUUCCCCCUGUCAGCCACCUCAGAAGCUGCCCUAGAUGAGAUGCCGGCACAGAUCCAGAAGUGGCUUUCGCGCUCAGACGCUUCUCCCUCCGACUUGAGUGACCUUUCCUACACUCUCACUUGCCGUAGGUCGCUCUUCAAGUGGAGGAAGGCCUUCGUGGCUUCCGACGUGGCCGAGCUUACAGCAGUACUGGCCGAAGGCAAGAUCUUCAAGACCCGUUCAGCACCAUCAGCCAAGGUUGCAUUCGUUUUCACUGGACAAGGUGCUCAGUGGGCAGGUAUGGGAGCUGAUCUUAUAGGUUCCUCUCAAGUCUUCAAGAGUUCCAUCGAGAGCUCGUCUCAGUUACUCAAGAGCCUGGGUUGCGAGUGGGAUCUUGUCCAGGUGUUGAGCAAACUUGAGGCAGAGAAGUCACGGAUCAACGAGAGCGAGAUUGCGCAGCCUGUGACUACCAUCAUCCAGAUGGCGCUGGUGGAUCUGCUCGCUCAUUACGAUGUCAAGCCCAACUUUGUUGCGGGACACAGCUCUGGUGAAAUUGCCGCUGCCUACGCUGCUGGGGCUCUCGCCCGAGAAGCCGGAGUCAAGGCCUCGUACCUUCGAGGUCUACAGUCCGCGAUUGCCAGGAAGCUCAACAAGUUGCCCGGAUCUAUGCUGGCCACAGGUUAUGGCGAACAGGCAGCGCUCCAGACAAUCAAGGCGGCCAAUGUUGACAGUGAGAUGGGUCGCGUGGUAGUUGCCUGCAUCAACAGCCCAGCUAGCACGACUCUUUCUGGAGAUGAGCCUGCCGUGCUUUACAUCGCGGAGAUGCUCCGAAGUGGAGGCGUGUUCACACGCAGACUCAAGGUCGAAACAGCCUACCAUUCCCAUCACAUGGAGAAAGUGGCUUCCUCCUACUUGAAGUCACUCCAAGGACUCUCCAGCACUGAUAUUAGGCCCGAUGUUGAGUUCCAUUCAUCUGUAACCGGACAGAUGAAGACUUCCGACUUCGGGCCAGUAUACUGGGUUAAGAACCUGGUGUCCCAAGUUCGUUUCAACGAUGCUAUGACAGCUCUACUCAAGAGUAUGGCAGCAACAGGUCCACCUGACGCUGCCAACAUCUUAAUCGAGAUCGGACCGCACUCCGCCCUCCAGGGUCCGAUUAACCAGAUCCUCAAUUCUAUCACUGGCUUCAAGUCCACUUAUAUGGCUCCCCUAUCUCGAGGCAGGAACUCAGUCUCUUCCUUCUCGGCAACCAUAGCCCGACUAUAUGAGCUUGGCGCAAAAGUGAACCUCGAGAGGGUGUUCACCAAGCCUCGACGUGUCAUUGACAAUCUUAUGCCAUACCCGUGGGAUCACCGGGUCAAGCAUUGGGCCGAGUCGAGACUCAGCCGCGACCAUCGCCUUCGCACAUUCUCGUAUCAUGACCUCCUCGGUGUGUAUGAUGUUGUGAGUUCAAUUAAGGAGCCUCGCUGGCGCCACCACCUCAGCAUUCAGAGGCUGCCCUGGCUCAAGGACCAUGUUGUUGAUGGUAUGGUCAUCUUCCCAGGCUCUGGUUACUUUGCUAUGAUCACAGAGGCCAUGAAGCAGCUCGUGCAGUUGAAGAAUACCGACUUCGAUACCAAGAUUUCUAACAUUAUUAUCCGUAAUGUGAGCAUUGCCCGUCCCAUCAUCCUGCCUGUUGAAUCGACCAAUGGCUCCAGCGACGAUAUUGAGGUUCAGCUCAUCCUCAGCCCUUCCAAAAUUAGCUAUGCCAGCCCCUGGUACUCGAUCUCUAUCCUAUCUUUGCAGUCAGAUGGAACAUGGGCCGAGCACGUCUCUGGUACUGUGCGCGCUGAGCUUGAGUCUGCUAGUGUAACUGGUGCGGAGCGCAAAGCAACUGUCGACGAGGCCUUUGAAGCCUUUGACAGGAUCCAAUCACGUGCUCAGGAGAAGAUGAACAUGGAGACCUUCUACGAUGAACGAAGAGCAGCAGGCAACGACUGGGGCCCGAGCUUCGCCCUUCUGUACGAGGCUCAUAUCGGGCCUUGGGUUGGAUUUUCCAAGCUGAGGAUUCCAGAUGUGGCUCAGUACAUGCCUGCAGGGUAUCUACAACCGCACUUAAUCCAUCCAACAACUCUCGAUGCGGCAAAUCAUAUUGCACUGGCCGUUUUCAAUAGGGAAAUCAGGAAUGCUCCCGUUAUGCCCAUCAACACCGAAGAAGUUAUCUUCACCAACAAUCUCUCAAGCAAGCCAGGCGAUGAGAUGAUUAUUGCCAUGGAGCUGAAGGCUGAGGGUAAGAGUCAAGCACGUGGAGAUGUUUGGAUCUUCCAGAACGACCCCGAUACCCGUGGGGUGACGUUUGUGAGCUCUAUAAGAGGUCUUGUCAUGCGAGCUGUAGGUGAUGGGGCGAGCACGGAGGCAUCGAAGCCAUUCCAGCGCAAACAUACCUACCAGGUGUACUGGAACGAGGAUCCUGAUCAUCUCGACAAAGCUUCUUUCGCACGCUUGGUUGAGCCGUACGUCUCGAAGAACCCCGAGCUCUUCGAACAGCUCAGCACUAUCGAACAGGCCACAGCUAUUUACCUCGAUAGGGUCAAGAAUAUGCCUGUGAUCCAAAACCCAGAGACAGCGCCUCUGCCCCAUCUACGCGACUUCUCACGUUGGAUAUUCGACUAUGUCAAUUCCGAUACUUGCAAGAAGAUCUGCGAAUCUCUGAGUGAUAGUGAGCAGGCUGAGCUUCUGGAUCGAUCUGAUAGCUCUGACAUUGAGGGUAAAUUGCUCGGCCGUGUCGGCAGAAACCUUGCAGGAAUCCUGUCAAACACUGCUGAUCCGCUUGAGCUGCUUGUGGCUGACGAUCUUUUGGAGCGAUUCUAUAAUCACGGCCCCUUGACACCAUUGUAUCAGCAGUUAUUGCAGUAUGCACGCCUAUUGACCAACAAAAACUCGCAGAUGAACGUCCUUGAAGUCGGCGCUGGAACCGGAAGUGCCACUCUUCCGCUAUUCAAUAGCAUGGGCGAGGACGCAUCGGAUUUGGUCAAGAAAUACACGUACACUGAUAUCACGUCCGGUUUCUUUGAGACCGCCAAGGAGCGGCUAGACAGGUGGAAGUCCAUCAUCGAGUAUAGAACCCUUGAUGUCUCCCGUGAUCCCGUGGAUCAAGGCUACGAAGCGAAUUCGUAUGAUCUGGUUGUGGCCUCAAACGUCUUCCACGCAACAAAGUCGAUCUGUGAAACCUUGACCAACGUCAGGAAGCUUUUGAAGCCUCACGGCAGACUACUCUUUGUUGAGAUCAACAACAGUACGGCAGGGGCCAGCCGCAGUCUUGCAACUAUCUUCGGAACCUUGCCAGGAUGGUGGGACUUCAUCGAUGGUAGGGAGGGCUCUCCGCUUCUGGAACCCGACAAAUGGCAUGAGCAGCUUCUCCAAACAUCCUUCGGUGGCAUUGAGUACUCCUCCCAAGACUGUGAUGGUCCAUUGGCCCGAGGCUCCUUCAUUGUCUCCAAGGCCAUUGAGGAACAGAAGCCACUCGAUAGGGCCUCUCUCAUCGACUCUGUGACUGUGAUUCACAACCCUGUCUCCCCUGUGGGACGGUCAGCAUCCACUGCCCUCACUUCCGUGUUCCAACAAAACGGGUUCUCUUCCAAUGUGAAGUACAGCUGGGAGGCUCUUCCUGAAGUCGAUUCAGAGGCUUGCGAGGGAACCAUGUAUGUGGUUCUUGACAGUGCAAACUCAUCCGUCCUCGAGCACCCUACCCAGGAGAUAUUCAACCGUUACCAGAACCUCCUUGUCAACUGCCGCAACCUUAUUUGGAUUUCAUUCCAGGAAGAAGGUGGACUAAAGGAGGGCUCUAUCAAGGGUUUAGCGGAUGGUCUGGCUCGUGUUGUCCGACGUGAAAACGGAGUUGUCAAGCUCAUCACUAUUGACGUCAGGAACGUUCUCCGGACCGAAGAUGAUGUGAGCCGUUUUGUCCUCAAGAUUCAGGAUGUUGCUCUUCAACUUCUAGCGCCUGAUGUCGACGACCGUGCAACGGUUGAUGAGGAGUUCGCCCUCGAUGGGGACAAGCUUCUCAUUCCCAGAGCAUACGCCGAUAAGACGUUUAACAACUGGACCGACCUCGUCAAUGGGCGCAGCAACCUCUCGCUUCAACCUUUCAAGGUCCAGGCCCUGCCAUUGAGGAUGGAAGUCGGCGCGCCAGGUCUCCUGAGCAGCAUUCAUUUCGUUCACGAUGCAGAUGCCUCCUCUCCCAUGGGCAGCGAGCAGAUCCAGAUCGACUCCAAGGCCUUCGGUGUCAGCUUCCAUGAUGUCAGAUGUGCGCUUGGCCAGCUACAAAACGGUACCUUCAUGGGUGAAUGUGCCGGCGUUGUCACAGCUGUUGGCUCCGGCGAAUUCGUGCAGCGCACUUACAAGGUGGGCGAUCGCGUAGUUGGCAUGCAUGCUCAGGCGUUUGCCAGCUACUCUCGUUUGAACGGAUACGACGCGCAUGUUUUGCCGGACAACCUAAGCUUUGCGGAUGCUGCGUCAAUGCCAGUCGUCUUCACAACGGUUUACUACAGCUUCGUAAAAAUUGCACGCCUCGAGGCUGGUCAGUCGGUGCUGGUUCACUACGGCUCAGGAGGUGUUGGCCAGGCUGCAAUCCAGCUUGCCAGCCAUUUCGAUGCCGAGGUUUUCGUCACCGUUGGCAGUGAGGAGAAGAAGCAGUUCAUUCUGGACCACUUCAAUAUCCCCGAAAGCCACAUUCUCUCAUCUCGGGCUUCACCCCGCGACCUGAAGCGACACCUACUACGACUGACACAGAACAAAGGUGUCCAUGUUGUUCUCAACUCAGCGUCUGGUGAGAUGUUGGCGGAGUCAUGGAAUUGUGUGGCCUCUUUCGGAUUCCAUAUUGAGCUUGGUAAGACUGAUAUUGACAAAAACACGCAUAUCAGUAUGGCUCCAUUCAAGAGGAAUGUAACAUUCUCCUCGGUCGAUCUGGUCACCAUUGCCAAGGAGCGUCCGAAGGUGUUCUACGAUGUUUUGGAUAAGACCAUCGCUCUCUUCGCCAAGGGUGUUUUGAAGCCGGUCUAUCCCCUCAACAAAUUCCCCAUCGAUCAACUCGAGUCCGCUUUUAGGCUUAUCUCGGAGAGAAAGCACAUUGGCAAAGUGGUUUUAGACUGUGAACAUGAAGAGAAGGUUCAAGCGGUUCUGCCUGCGCCGGCCCCUAUCGAAUUACAGUCAGAAGGUACAUACAUCAUUGCAGGUGGUCUUGGUUCGAUUGGCCGUAUGUUAGUGAGACACCUUGCUUCACACCAUGCCGGGCAUAUCAUCACGCUUUCCCGCGGGUUUCUCGCUGAUGAAGAGCGACUUCCGUGGCAGGCCGAGAUUGCGAAGCUGGGAGCAAAGCUUCAUGUCUUGAAAUGUGACAUCACCGAUGCAUCAAGCGUGCAAAUACUUACUGAAUACUGCCGGGCGUCUCUGCCUCCCGUUCGCGGAAUCUUCCAUGCCGGAGCGGUCUUGAGGGACCGCCCCUUAGCCAUGAUGACAUGUGAUGAAUGGAACGCAGUGCUUGGCCCCAAAGUUCAGGGAACCUUCAACUUGGACCAAGCUUUCAGCUCCCCAGAUCUCGAGUUCUUCGUUACUCUGUCAUCCAUCGCCUUCACAUUCGGCAACCCAGGACAAGCAAACUACAGCGCCGCAAAUGCUUUCCUGGACUACUUUGCCACUCACCAUGACAGGACACACCAAACUCGUUACGUCUCUGUCGACCUUCCUGUUAUUGAGGAAACGCAAGCACGCGCUCAAAUCGAAACAGCGACCCGCAACUUCAUCCUGCAAGUAUCCACGCACUUUGACGUUGAAGAACUCAUGCAGCUGAUGGACUACGCCAUGGACCGCUCGGUCGAGCUGGACAGGCCGUUCAUACAUGCACUUAUGGGCUUUGACCGGAAGUCCUUGGGCCAGGGCACGGGAGACGACAUUUUUUCUCUCCUGUUCCAGACGAUUCCUCAAAUGAAGACCUCAAAUUCUCAAGAUCAAAACGGCGGUGAUGCCAAACAAGAUAUCGAGGGCCUUCUCAUGGCCGCCACAAGCUUUGACGAGGCUGUGAAAGUGAUUAUGGACACAAUUAUUGAGAAAUUCGUGAGGUUCCUCAACCUCGAGGCUGAUGAUGUUGGACCCGACCACCCUCUCUCGUCCUAUGGCCUUGACUCGCUUGUAUCCAUCGAAUUAAAGAACUGGAUGAUGCGCGCUUUCAAGGUUACUUUCCAGGUGUCAGAGCUGACUAGCUCGCGGAACAUCGCGCAUCUGGCGGAGCUGUUGGCAACCAGAUCCAAGAUUAUUCCUACCGGCCUCAGCAAGCAGACGCAAGAUCACAAUCAGAACGCUGGAAAGGAUGAAGCCCAGGGCAAAACAGACUUACAGGAAGAACAGGAUCUGCUUACUCAAUCGGACGACGCGCACAUCGAACCUCUGCCAUGCUGCCCGCUGCCCGCCAAGGAGGCCCGGCAACCGGUCCCGGAUCUGGUUCUGGGCUUGCAAAAACACCUUGAGAACAUUUCACAUUUCGCUCACAGCGAAGAAGAGAUAGAGAGUCUUCGGUCAGCUAUCAAGGAAUUCCUUGCGCCAGGCAGUGUUGGGGAGCAAGUCUACAAAGAAAUCCAGAAUGAUAGCCGUGAUCCUAAAGUGAGCAACUGGAUCUCGAACUUCGUGUCUGAGGGAUACUACAUGCCCAUGCGACAAGCUCUUCAAUACUGCAGCUUCUUGGCCAUGAACCACCCCGGUCCUGUCCAGCAUACACAGGCUGAUCGCGCUGCGUUACUCGCUGAAACUGCUUUCCAAUUCAAGCAAAAGAUUGAUAACGGGACAGUGGAGCCCCUGUACAUCUUGGAGACGCCUGUAUGCCAGGCUCCGUUGCAGUGGAUAUUCAACACCUAUCGUCAGCCUCAAAUUGGGAUAGACAAGAUAAGGAAGACAGCAGGUGACUAUUGUGUCGUGUUCAGACGUGGUCGACUCUUCCACGUUCCUCUUCGAAAUGGAGACGCUCCGGUGUCUCUCGACACGCUGAGAGCCACAAUGACAGCUAUCCUGGACCAUGUCCAGGACGAGGGGACAUGGGCUGGGAUCUUGACCAGCGAUACCCGUGACUCAUGGGCCAAGAUUCGUACCGAUUUGUUGGCGGUCAGCCCUUCUAACGCCCAGUACUUCCAAGUUAUUGAGGAGGCCGCAUUUGCGAUAAACCUCGAUGACAGCAGCCCAACCAACUUUACCGAGAUUGCAAAGCAAUGCAAGAUGGGCAGCGGCUUCAAUCGCUGGCACGACAAGCCUUUGCAAUUUAUUGUCACCGCGAACGGGCAGUCCGGCCUUCUCAUGGAGCACUCGUACCUUGACGGCACGACGCCCAUACCGCUUUAUGAUCGCAUACGUGACGCGAUCGCGGCUUACAAGCCGAAGGGCCAGGCGACACAGCAAGUACUAUCACCUGAAGAGAUCCCACUGGCUCUGCCUUCCAGUCUUGACAAACACAUCUCCUUCCUUCGUGAACAAUGGCUUAGCAAUAAUGCUCUCCGCGACUUCAUCUCGUAUGAGCUUCCGACUCUCAGUGGCCAGAUUCUCGGCCGGAGUAGGGUCCCCAUCAAGAGCGGAUACGAUGUCCUGUGUCAAUUGGCAUUCUUCCUGUACAAUGGAAAGCGCGUCGUUCCCAACUGGCAGCCUGUGAUGCUCGCACAUUUCCACGACGGUCGCCAUGAUAUGGUUCAGAUGGCAUCACCAAAGGUGCGAGCCUUCUGUGAGGCCGUGGUGGCAACCGGUGAGGACGAGAUACCGAUCCUGCAGAAGCGCAACCUGAUGAUUGAGGCGGCGCGUGAUCUCAGCCGACGGUUGAGCGAAGCCAAGGAUGGUAAUGGAUUCUUCCGGCUGUUCGUGACUAUCGAGCAGCGAUGGCCGAAGGAUCAGCCCAGGCCAAGAGUGUUUGACGAUAACCUGCAGAAGAGGACGAUGGACUUCCCCAUAAGCAACAUGAACCAUAAAGGGGUAGAGGCAGUGACUACACCGCUGGAUCCUCACGCACUGAGGAUCAGGUACACUAUUCAUGAUGACCACACCCUUAUGAGCCUGAACUGCCCUACAGGGGCGGCUGAUAAGCUCAUCGAAGCCGUCAACGAAGCGGCCAUCAUCAUCCGAGAGCUGAGUCUGGCCAUCUGA